GCUCUGUCGUCAUGAUGGCAAAGUGGGAUGGAUGCAUUUCUCGCAUAUUUUUCUAGUUUCGUUCCAGUGUUUUCCAUGCUUUGGUAAUAUGUCUGAUCAUGUGCAGCCGCUUUUCCGUCAUGUGCUUAGCCUUAUCUGGGCGUCGCUGCGAGCCAACAUAUUCCCCGUUAGGCUCUUCUUCCCAAUACAAGCACUUCUUUGGCAUCGUGAUCUCUUUUGCAAGGGGCAAGCCCGGAUCUCAACAAACGUGAUGAGGGUUUACUUGCCCCUGUAUCUGCAUUGCAGCGUUUUUCUCCACAAUAACAGAAAACAGAAUGACCCCGCUGAACAAGGUGACAGAUCUUUUCCCUUUUGUGGCAUAAGCGACUAGGAAAGUGACUCGGCUGGCAAUGAGCUUUGGACCCUUUUCCUCCAUCAUCUUCUGAUUGGGCACC